AUGGGGCGGACUCUGCUUUUACUAUGGGCGCUUCUAGGAGGUGCAAUCGCCAAACAAUAUCAGCUCAAAAGUUCUACCAAGAUCCCAUCCGAAUGGAAUCAAAAAGGCCGAGCUCACCCGGACGAGAUUGUUGAUGUUUCAAUUGGGCUUGUGCAGCAUAAAUUUCCUGAGCUCGAGGAAAGACUCCUACAAGUCUCUGACCCUUCGCAUCCGCACUAUGGGAUUCAUCUCUCAGCUCAAGAAGUCCAGCAGAUCGUACGACCUGCAACAGGGUCAUUCCUUGAGGUCCAAGCCUGGUUGGACGAGCUAGAACCCUCGGGAGGGGCCAAUAUCACGAUAUCACCCGCGGGUGACUGGUUGGAUAUUACCUUACCCAUAUCACAUCUUGAGCAGCUACUUCAGACCAAGUACUGGGUAUUUGAACACUCAGUGUCUAGAAUUCGAGCAAUUCGCUCACAGGAAUGGUCUCUACCCACUCACUUGAUGGAUGUAAUUGAUGUGAUCACUCCGACCAAUGUUUUCAUCCACCCGACCGUCCAAUUUCGAUUGGGCGCACCUCCUCCAGUCUGGGAGAAAGAAGGUCGUCUACCGACGUAUCAAGACCUCAUCGAUGAAGAUCUAUUAGAUAGGAGCAGACUAGAGAUCCCAAACCAGGACCAAUUAUCAGCGCAUCCCACAGUGAAAGAGGCCUGUAAUCGUCUGGCCAUUUCUCCAUUGUGCCUUCGGGUCCUCUACGGGACCUUGGCAUACGAGCCUCAAUCCUCAGAUCGCAACACAAUUGGCAUCGUGAACUUUCUCGGCGAAGUCGCGAACCGGUCAGACAUCGCGCUCUAUCUUGAUCGAUAUCGCCCAGACGCGGCCGCAGCCCACGCCGAAGACUCCUUCGCAGUGGAGAUAGUCAACGGCGGCGAUGAUCAACAAACUCUCAAUACCCCGACCCAGAUGAAAGAUAAGAAAGGAUACGAAGGUGCGUUGGAUGCCCAGACUGUGUUGGGAAUCAGCUGGCCCACAUCCCUUAUCACCUACAACGUCGGCGGUGACCCUCCUUUCCACCCGCUCAAAGUUCACACUGAGAAUACCAAUGAGCCCUAUCUUGCGUGGCUGCGCUACAUGCAGACUGUGGAGCACCCACCGUCCGUCAUCUCCAUCUCAUAUGCGGAGGACGAGAAGACCGUCCCGGUUGAGUAUGCUCGACGGGUAUGUGCGGAAUUCGCGCAAUUGGGCGCGCGAGGGGUCUCGAUCCUAGUCGCUAGUGGUGACUAUGGGGUCGGACGCAACAAGCAGUGUCUUGACAUCGACGAGAAGAAGCGACGCUUUAUGCCCAGCUUCCCUGCCAGUUGCCCUUAUGUCACAACCGUGGGAGCGACGCGGUUCCUCGAACCGGAAAUGGUCGCAUUCGAUGCUCGGAGUAGUUACUCAAGUGGCGGUGGGUUUAGUGACGUGUUUCCUCAGCCAAAGUAUCAGGAAGCCGCCGUCGAAGCGUAUCUGCGACAACUGGAUCACCAGACGAAGGUAGGCGAGCUCGCUAAUUAUACUGGCUUUUUCAAUCGCCACGGGCGGGCAUACCCGGAUAUUGCAGCCAUGGGGUACCAUUUCUCUGUCAUGUGGAAUGGCACUGCUCAUCUUCAGGACGGGACCAGCGCGUCAACGCCGACCGUCGCGUCGAUUGUCGGUCUCGUGAACGACGCAUUAGUCGCUGGGGAUCGACCAACUCUAGGAUUCCUCAAUCCGUGGCUAUAUUCUUCGGGAUAUGAGGCCUUUCGGGAUGUCACGAAUGGGUCGAAUCUAGGGUGUAACACCUCGGGGUUUCCGGCCACAGAGGGAUGGGAUGCUGCCACGGGAUUCGGAACACCAUGGUUCCCCAAGCUCAAGGAUCUGGCACUGGAACCACAAUUUCGAUCUAUCCGCCCAUGGUAUUAUCUGCCGGAUUUGUGA